GUAUUGCAGAAAGUACUUAAUCUUUCAAUAGACUAAUUAAAGCGGUUUAUUGAUCAUUCUAAAGUGUUGACUAUUCUGUUAAGAGACAGCCCAGAACUAAAGUUUUAGAGAUUAGCAAAAACUAUAUAAACUAAACAUAAACUAAAAUACAAAGCGACAGAAAAAAUCCUAAGACACCAUAAGGCUUCCCCAUGUGAAUUUCUCACACACAAGUUUGCGGCAAAGUGACAAAAUGGCAGGAUCAGCAUUUGCAUCUGAACUCAGGAUUCUGGUGUUUGGAAAGCAACAAGAUGAAAUAACAAUACUAAGUAACUUCAUCACAAGGGAAAAAUAUGGUUCUGAUAUAGAAAUAUCAAAGAAAUGUAGGCCUACUGUCAUCUAUAAAGAAUGGUGUAUGAAAAAAUUAACAGUAGUGAAAACCUCAGAUGUCUUCAGUCUGACUGAAGAGAAAGUGAGACACGAGUUGAAAAAGUGUGUGGCUCUUUGCCCCCCUGGACCAAAUGUAAUCCUGCUGUUAGUGAAGCCUACUGAUUUCAAUGAAGAGGACAGGCAGAAAUUCAAGUUUAUCCAAAGUUUCUUUGGUCACGAUGCUACAGAAUACUCUAUGGUCAUCAAAACACAAAAUGGGGAGGUCCAGAAUGGUUCAGUGAACCAAGUCAUCAAAGACUGCAGACAGAGGCAGCACAGCAUUACCUUUGACAAGAAAUAUCUUUCUGAACAAGAUUAUCAAGAACUGAUUGAUCAGAUGGAGAACAUAGUGACUGACAACAAAAGAAGACAUCUAAAUUAUACUGAAGAGACUGAUCCAAUGACAGCAUCUGUAACUUCAAAACCUCCUCUAAACUUAGUGUUGUGUGGGAGAUCGGAAACCUGGAAGAUGUCAGCAGCCAAUGCCAUUCUGGGAGAAAGACAGUUUGGUCCGUUUGCCAAGUCAUCAGACUGUGUUAAAAAGCAGGGAGAGGUGUUUGGACGUUGGGUUUCCCUGGUGGAGCUGCCUGCCUUGUAUGGAAAACCUCCGGAGGCACUAAUGGAGGAAUAUUCCAGGUGUAUUGCCCUUUUUGAUCCAGAGGUAAUACAUGCUUUUAUCCUAGUCUUACCUGUAGGUCCCAUCACUGAUGAAGACAAGAAAGAGUUGGAGACCAUCCAGGAUACAUUUAGCUCUCAAGUCAAUGACUUCACCAUGAUUCUCGUCACUCUCGAGUCAGAUCCCAAUUCUCCAGCUGUUGUAAGAUUUCUUAGGGAGGAUAUACAGGAGCUCCUUCAGAGCUGUGGAGAACAAUGUAUUGUCUUUGACCUUAGAGACAAGCAGCAGGUCUUUAAUGUGUUGCAUGCUGUGGAAAAGAUGAAAGUGGACAAAUCCAGAGGUUUCACAAAGAAAAUGCUCGUCAACCCACAGGUGAAAACCGUUGCAGAACAAAUAUCUGUACUCGAAAUGGCUCAGAGUAGAGAGUGUCUUAGGAUGGUGCUGAUUGGGAAGACUGGUUGUGGAAAGAGUGCAACAGCAAAUACUAUUUUGGGCAAACAAUGCUUCAAAUCUAAAGCCUGCCCAAAGUCAGUGACCGAGUUUUGCUGGAAAGAAACAGGAGAGAUUGAUGGACGGACUGCCAUCAUAGUAGACACCCCUGGCUUGUUUGACACGACUCUGACCAACGAUCAAGUUAAACAGCAGCUUGUGAAAUGUGUCACCAUGUUGUCUCCAGGACCUCAUGUGUUCUUACUGGUGCUAAAGAUUGGCCGCUUUACACAAGAGGAAAAAGAUACUGUGGAACUGAUCAAGGAGUUUUUUGGCAAGAAGUCAGGAGACUACAUCAUUCUCAUAUUCACAAGAGGAGACGAUCUGAGAAAUCAAACAUUUGAGAAUUACAUACAGAAUGGCUUUGUUGAAAAACUGAUUAAAGACUGUGGAGGAAGAUACCAGGUCUUCAAUAACAGAAGUUCAGAAGAUCAGAAACGUGCUCAAGCCAGAGAGCUACUGAGAAAAGUUGAAUCAAUGGUCAACAGAAAUGGUGGGGGCUGCUACACCUCCGAGAUGUUUCAAGAAGCUGAGGCAGCCAUACAAAAGGAAGUGAAAAGAAUCCUGAAGGAAAAGGAAGAAGACAUACAGAGAGAGCUGAAGGACGUUGAAUAUACACAUCAAAAAGAAAUCCAGGCAAAGAAAAAAGAAUUGGAAGAACAAAUGACCACAACUGAACGGGAAGAAGAACUUAAAGCCAAACUAAGGAAGAAAGAGGAGGAAAUCAAUAAGGAGCAGGAAAAGAUGAAGAGAGAAGAAGAAAAGAGAGAAGCAGAGGAAAGGAAGAAAAAAAUGCAGGAGGAAAUGGAACAAAUGCAGUUGGAACAAAGUCUUGAAGCUAUGGGGGAAACGGAAAAAAAGCAAACCGCUGACAAAACAUGGAUAGAAAACAAAGAGAAGUUGAGAAGAAGACGAGAGACUUGGAAUAUGGAACGAACUGAAAAGUGGGACAAACAAUAUCGAGAAGAUCAACAGAGACGAGAGGAGGAGCAAAAACGACUUGAAAAACUCAGAGAAGAAUAUGAACAAGAAAAAAAAGAAUAUGAAAACCAAAGAAAACAAGAUGAAAUCAGAAAAAUACAUGAGGAAAAAGAAUUACAGAAACUACAAGAAACCCUCAUGAAAAAUCUGGCUUUAAUCAAGAACAAACAUGAUCAAGAGGCCAGAAAGCAAGCUGAAGAAUUCAAUGAUUUCAGACAGAGAUACACAGAGGACUUUGCAGCUGUGGCGGAAAAGCAUGGCAAGGAAAUAGAGAAUCUGAGGGAGAAGCAACAAAUACACAAUGACUUGAUCGUACGUCAACUGACCAAACACAGAGCGUUUCAGAAAGACUAUAAUAGAUUGAUAAAAAAACAAGAACAAGAAAUGAUUGACUUGACAGGGACACUUAAAUCGCCAAACAAUGAAAAUCUGAAGAAAAGAAUCAAUGAACUAAAGACAAAACAUGAGGAUGAAAAAAAUAACUGGAUACAAGAACAUGUAAAGAAAGCCAGAGAAAAGACCUGUUCCAUUAUAUGAGCUGCUGUGUUGCCUGUAAGGCUCUCAGUUGUAAAAUGACAACAUCACUUGUAGCCUAAAAAUAUGAAAAAUCGUGACCGAACGUGCAUAUUCAAUAGGUCCUACUGUCGUUUUACUAUGAUAAUUAGAGAGUAGAACAGGCUAGCCCGGCAGUAUUGUGUGAAUUUAGUGGAAUUUGCAAAUAGGAUUCUGAAAUAAUUUGGUGUUUAUGGGGUUUACUGACUUUACAACAGCAGCACAUUUACAGCAGCACGCUUUCAAACUGUGAAACUAAGAUAUUAGGAUUUCAUUUUGUUUGAUUUUCCUUUAACCUACAUACGUCACUGUUUUACAGAAGCAAAUAUUGCUUAAUUUUGUAUAUUCUGUUCUCUUUGAAAUUGAUUGGCAUGCAUCAUUAGUCCCUGCUAAUGCGUCUUCACCUAUGUUUGUAAAUUUGUAUUGAUUUAUUACGCAAUGAGGAGAAAUGAGGAAUGCUAAGGGGAGAGACUAAAAUGACAAACUGUGACUCAAGCCUUUGUAAUUCUUGUCCUCAGAUUGUUGUGAGUUUACUGUUCCAGGUUUUUAGACAAAUAUUUACAAGGAUUAACUGUCGGAGCUGUUUAUAUUUUAUACCAUGAAUCACUGAACAUAACUGAUGAAACUUUCACUGUGUCUACACUUUAGCUGUAAAGUUCAGUACAGUCGGUUGCUUUUUGGAAGCUGUAUGCUGCUGUCCACUGCUCCCAAUGCUUAGGAUGGGUUUAAUGCAGAGAUGGAGUUUUACUACACUGUAUUGUAUAAUUGUAUGUGAUGAAUGAUUAAAAAAAAAUAACAAUUUAUGUACAAGUACUCAUUUUAACAUUAAAUGUAUAUUGUCCUCAUUUACAUUAAUAAAGUGCUAGUAUCCAAAGGUAAAUGUGUUUUUGUUCAGUUGUGCUAAUAAAUUACAGAAGGUUAAAACUAUAUUUGUUAUGUUUAAGGUUGUUUAACAUAUUUUGACAGUAAGUUGGUAUGCUUGUAUUAGCCAUUUAGAAUUGUUCUCAUUUGCUGAAACUGUAUUCUCGUUUCCUGCCGACAAAAAUAAACUAUACACCAUU